UAUUUGUAUUGGUGGCUUAACCCCUGCGUAAAACCCUAGUAUAAGAAGCAGAAGCAGUUACUCUGAACGUUGUUUUCUUCAAAUUCAAUUUGCGCAGUUGCUGCCGUCGACGCCCACGCACUCGUCAUUUUAGUCCAGUGAAAACUUCGAUUUUGUAGCGGAGCAAUGAGGAAGAAAGUGGACGACCGAAUCAGAACUCUAAUUGAAAAUGGUGUCAAAACGAGGCACAGGUCCAUGUUCGUCAUCAUUGGUGACAAGUCUCGUGACCAGAUUGUGAAUCUUCAUUAUUUGCUUACCAAGGCGCAGAUUAAGUCCAGGCCAACUGUGUUAUGGUGUUACAAGGAUAAGCUCGAACUAAGCAGUCACAAGAAAAAGCGUGCCAAUCAGAUUAAAAGAUUGAUGCAGAGGGGUCUUUACGAUGUGGAGAAAGGUGAUCCAUUUGAAUUGUUUGCGGCAACCAAUGGAAUAGAAUAUUGUUAUUAUAGGGAUUCGGAAAGAAUUCUUGGUAAUACCUUUGGCAUGUGUGUACUUCAGGAUUUUGAGGCAUUGACACCUAAUCUCCUUGCAAGAACGAUAGAGACAGUGGAGGGAGGAGGGUUGGUUGUUUUGCUGCUUCACUCUCUAUCCUCGCUCACCAGUCUGUACACCAUGGUUAUGGAUGUGCAUGAUAGAUUUCGAACUGAAUCCCACUCUGAGGCUGCUAGGCGUUUUAACGAACGGUUCAUAUUAUCGCUCGCUUCUUGCAAGGCAUGCGUUGUCAUGAAUGAUGAACUGGAUAUAUUACCAAUUUCAUCUCACAUAAAGUCUAUUACCCCAGUUCCUGUUAAAGAGGAGUCUGAUGAACUCUCAGAAGCAGAACAAGACCUGAAGAACCUUAAAGAACAACUAUAUGAAGAUUUCCCUGUUGGGCCAUUGAUUAGGAAGUGUUGCACGUUGGACCAGGGAAAAGCUGUUGUGACAUUUUUGGAUGCAAUUUUAGACAAGACACUCCGAAGUACUGCUGCUUUAUUGGCUGCUCGUGGCCGCGGGAAAUCAGCUGCUCUUGGUUUAUCAAUUGCUGGAGCUGUAGCUGUGGGGUAUUCAAAUAUCUUUGUGACUGCACCCAGCCCUGAGAAUUUGAAAACAUUGUUUUAUUUUGUAAUUGAAGGUUUAAAAGCUCUUGACUACAAGGCACAUGGGGAUUUUGAUGAGGUGAAAAGUGUGAAUAAAACUACUGUAAGGAUUAAUAUUUACAAGCACCACAGACAGACAAUUCAGUAUAUACUACCUCACGAACAUGAAAAGCUUUCACAAGUUGAACUAUUGGUUGUUGAUGAAGCAGCUGCUAUUCCACUGCCAGUGGUGAAGUCUUUGCUGGGCCCAUAUCUGGUCUUCCUGUCUUCUACUGUUAAUGGUUAUGAAGGUACUGGACGCUCUUUAUCACUAAAACUUUUGCAGCAAUUGGAAGAGCAAAGCCACGUGUCUGCUAAGAGCACAAAGGACCCUGGUUCAGGUCAUCUGUUUAAGAAAAUAGAAUUGAGUGAAUCCAUCAGAUAUGCUUCUGGGGAUCCCAUUGAAUGCUGGCUAAACAGUCUACUUUGCUUAGAUGUUUCAAAUGCCAUCCCUAAUCUUAGCAGGUUACCUCCACCCAGUGAAUGUGAUUUGUACUAUGUUAAUAGGGACACCCUCUUCUCCUAUCACAGAGAUAGUGAAUUAUUUUUGCAGCGAAUGAUGGCCUUAUAUGUUGCAUCUCAUUACAAGAAUUCUCCAAAUGAUUUGCAACUGAUGGCAGAUGCUCCAGCACACCACUUGUUUGUACUACUUGGACCUGUUGAUGAAUCAAAGAAUCAACUUCCUGAUAUUUUGUGUGUCAUCCAGGUUUGCCUCGAGGGACGGAUUUCUCGUAAGUCGGCAAUCCAAAGUUUAAGUGAUGGCCAUCAACCUUUUGGAGAUCAAAUACCGUGGAAAUUUUGUGAGCAAUUCCGAGAUACAGUAUUUCCCUCACUUUCAGGUGUUCGUAUUGUACGCAUAGCAACACACCCAAGUGCCACGAGGCUUGGAUAUGGUUCACAAGCUGUUGAACUUUUAACACGCUACUAUGAAGGACAACUUACUCCUAUUUCAGAGAUUGAUGUUGAAGAUGAAGUGCAAGCUCCACAAGUUAGAAUUACGGAAGCUGCAGAGAAAGUUUCACUACUUGAAGAAAAUAUAAAACCAAGAACAGAUCUUCCUCCUUUGCUAGUACAUCUGCGUGAAAGACGGCCAGAGAAGCUCCAUUACAUUGGUGUCUCCUUUGGGCUAACCUUGGAUCUUUUUCGCUUUUGGAGGAAACAUAAAUUUGCUCCUUUCUACAUUGGCCAGAUUCCAAAUGCUGUGACUGGUGAGCAUACAUGCAUGAUCCUGAAGUCCUUAAACAAUGAUGAAAUUGAAGAUGAUGGAUCAAAUCAGUUGGGCUUUUUUGGUCCAUUUUACCAAGAUUUUAGGCAAAGAUUUGCUAAGCUUCUUGCUUCCACUUUCCGUGGCAUAGAAUACAAGCUUGCUUUGAGCAUAAUAGAUCCAAAGAUCAAUUUCAAGGAUCAAGACCCUACGGAGACCACAUCUGAUAAAUAUCUGCAGUCAGUCAGAGAAUAUUUAUCACCUCAUGAUAUGAAGCGAUUAGAGGCUUAUGUUGACAACCUUGCCGACUUUCAUCUGAUUUUAGAUUUGGUUCCAACACUUACACAUCUGUACUUCCAAGAAAAGCUCCCAGUUACAUUGUCGUAUGCUCAAGCCUCUGUGUUACUAUGCAUCGGUCUGCAGAAUCAGAGCAUUUCGUACAUUGAGGGACAAAUGAAGUUGGAAAGACAAACAAUAUUGUCUCUAUUUAUAAAGGUUAUGAAGAAGUUGUACAAGUAUUUAAAUGGUCUUGCAUCCAAGGAGAUUGAAUCAACCUUGCCAAGACUGAAAGAAAUUGUCAUGGAACCUCAUAGUGUCUCUGUGGACGAAGAUCUCAACGAUGCAGCUAAACAAGUUGAGGAUGACAUGAAAUCAAAAGCAGAAGCACUCUUUACUCCUGAAUUGCUCCAGCAAUAUGCUUUUGAAGACGGAGAUUCUGGCUUUGAGAACGUUCUUCAAAAUAAUGGUGGAAAACUACCAUCCGGUGGUCUUAUUAGCGUGAAAUCCAGCAGGAGUGUAGUCAAGCCUGGAAAAGAGAAGGGAAGUCAUAAGAGUGACAAAAGGCGGAGUAGAGAUAACCAUAACCAGAAAUCAGGCAAAAGGAAAAAGAUCUCAAAUUGACCAUGAGAAGAACCAUCGAAGAUAAUACUGUGGUGAUUUUGUGGACUGUUGGUCCUGGAGUCAGAAAGAGCAAAGUAAACUUCCAAACUGAAGGGGGACGGGUAUCCACCGACAAGAAGCCCAGUUCAUCAUAUCCUGGAACCCUCCUGUGUCUGGCUUUCAAGUGUAGGAUUUUGUAUUAUUUAUUCGGUUUUUCUCCCUUUUUUAUGUUUUGACGGAAAUUAGUGGGCAACGUUACUGCAUUACUAUAAAUGUUUACAGAUAAAUAUAUCCAUGAUAUUUUACCAUCUUUUUUUGGCGGUUUCA